AUGGUCAAGUUGAUGCCAUGGCUGGAAAUUGGUGAAAAGGAUGAUGAAGAAACUGUUAAAGAUUUAGAUGUAGGGGCUGAAAAGAGUGGUGUUCAAAAUCAAAAUUUGGUGCGCCAAAAUUCUGGCCAGCGCCAAGGCAAAGCAAUGUUGGACGACUAUUCUUCAGGGAAUCAAGUAUUAUCCUUAAUUCCUCAAACUGCUUCCUCUUUGCUUCAGUUCAAACAAUCCUUUCAAAUUAUGUCCAAAGAGUACUUUAGUUAUUGGUCUGAUGGAGAUUCUUUCCCGAAAACAAAGUCUUGGAAUGAGAGUAGGGAUUGCUGCAGUUGGGAUGGAGUCACUUGUGACUUAUUAAACGGUCAUGUUAUCGGGUUAGACCUUAGUAGUAGUCUGCUUUGUGGAAGUAUUCAUCCCAAUAGCAGCCUCUUCCAACUUCAUCAUCUCCAAACACUAAACCUUUAUAACAACCUCUUCAAUUAUUCUUCAAUCCCACAUAGCAUUGGCCAAUUGACGAAUUUGAGGCAUCUCAACCUUUCUCAUUCUCACUUUGGUGGGAAAAUCCCAACAGAAAACUCAUACCUUUCUAAUUUGGUUUUACUUGAUCUUUCUGUGUAUGGAUUACAACUUGAUGAGAGAACAUUUGAAACAAUGCUUCACAACUUCACAAAUCUGGAGGUACUAGCUCUCUCUCUUGGCGACAUCUCAUCACUGAUACCUGUAAGUAUUCAUCCCAAUAGCAGCCUCUUCCAGCUUCAUCAUCUCCACACACUUAACCUUGAUAACAAUUACUUUUAUCCUUCUUCGAUCCCAAAUGGCAUUGGCCGAUUGAGGAAUUUGAGGCAUCUAAAACUCUCUGGCUUUGAUGGGAAAAUCCCAACAGAAAUCUCAUACCUUUCCAAUUUGGUUUCACUUGAUCUUUCUUAUAGUUAUAAAUUCUUACAACUUGAUGAGAUAACAUUUGAAGCAAUGCUUCACAACUUCACAAAUCUGGAGAUACUUUCUCUCUGGUAUGUCAACAUCUCAUCUCCGAUACCUGUGAAUAUUUCUUCUUCCUUAAGAUAUGUGGAUCUUGCACAUACUAAUCUGCGAGGUGUUCUCACAGAGAGCUUUUUCCUUGUGCCAAACUUGGAAAGCCUCAAAUUGAGUGGGAAUGAUCUUCUCAAAGGAGUUUUUCCAAAGAUCCACCGGAGCAACACUCUGUUAAUGGAGUUGGAUAUUUCAUCCACAGGCAUCUCCGGUGAGCUGCCUGAUUCAAUUGGCACCUUUAGUUCAUUGAAUAUCUUGAACCUCGGAGGAUGUCAAUUCUCUGGUUCCAUUCCCGAUUCCAUAGGCAACCUAACCCAAAUUACGGAGUUGGCUUUGUCUUAUAAUCAUUUGGGAUAA